CACAUUUAAGAAAAAUUUUUAUAGGUCUAAUUAAACGUGCUACUGUUAGAUGAAUUAUUCGUAUUCGCUAGAAUGUUACGAAAGUUAAAUGUUAUUAAAAUAAUAAUUAGUCUUCUUCUCAUAGCGUCUUUUAAAUACUCUCAUUGUAAAGAUGUUUUUUUUGUCGUGAACAAGUACCUAGGGUCUCAGUUUUAUUGUAUAACAAACAGUUCGCGUGCCUUAAGUUGGAUAAUUGAAGACACAUCAAGCAUAGAUUUAGAGCAAGGAUCAAGAUUUCUGCCAGACGCAAAAACACUCUGGAAAGUGGACUGCAAUGAAAUCCGAAAGUAUGGCUGGCAGUGUCGUCAGUCAGUUGCGGACGAAAUUAUUACCGAUCGACGUUGGGAAAACUUACAAAUUGACAAAACAGACUAUGUAGCUGUUUCCUCUAAAAGCGAAUUACAAUUUUCAAAGAUCCUGGAGACAGAAAGUGCAAAUUUUGACGUGCCGCUAUCCAUCCGUACGAACCAGGAAGCUCAUGUAUUUUUGUGUGAUGGCGAAACCGUAAGGUCAAACUGUUACUGGUUUAUAUUACAAGGAUUUAGUAGAGCAAAAUCUGUACUGAGAAAAUGUCCUAAUAAUACAAUACCUACACAAAAUAAUGUCUUGGUGAAGAGUCCCUGCGAUACCAAUAAAGUUUCAAAAAAACACGAAUCAGAGUCUUCUAAAUUUCUAACAAAUACCACAUGGCAACACUUUAUGUUGACAAAAAAUAAUAAUAAAAUUAGUCUCAGUAAACAAGACGGUCAGGAAAUAAUAUCAUAUACCGACAACGAAAAGACAUACAAGAUAAGGAAUAUUUUAAUACACAGUAAAAGAACUGUAGGUCUUUGGAAGAUUCAUACAGAUAAAUACUUUACAAUAAAUCAAAUAAAAAGAAUAGAUUUUAAACGGAACUUGUACCCAGUGAACGGUAAAAUUUGUAUUACUACUUUCGUGAGAAUGUGUAAAACCUGCAAAAUAAAAUUUGUGAUUACAAAUGGAGACAAUGAUAAACAAGUUUUAGGAGAACAAACUUACCAAAAGAUGUCCAAAUGGACCGAAAUUACGUUUUUUAAACGAGCAACUGAAGCCAAGAACGUUAAAUUUGCAAUUAUUACUAUGGACGAAAUUAUUUCGCAUUCUUACUGGGACAUACAAGAAAUACAACAAUGUGGAGAAAAUGGUUUAAGAAUGAUUCAGUUAGGUUGGAUAGCAAAUUGUCAACUUCUAAUUUCCGAUAAUAAAGUCAUUUCUUUGGAUAACACCGUAGCACCAUCUUAUCCAGACAAGUACGCCGAAUGUGCCGAAGAUACCAUUAGUACACACUGUAUACCAUGUAAUUUAUUUCUAAAUGAAAAUUGUGGACAGUUAAAAGUAUGCGAAAACAGUCAAAACGGGUUGCUUUGUUCAUGCUCUGCUGGCUAUAAAACCAACUAUCAGAAGAUAAACUGCCAAACAAUUUGUGAUUCAGGAACUUACGGACAUCAUUGUAGUAAAACGUGUUAUACGAAUUGUGUGGACUGCAACCCCGUUAAUGGAACGUGUAACGCUUGCAGUAAUUCUUAUAAGGGUCUUAAGUGUGAAAAGGCGUCAACGCCAUUUUUUAAAAAUCCUCCUAAAAUAAAAACUAUUGGAUACACGAAAGCCGAAAUUUUUGUAGAUAAUUUUGAGUUAGAAGAUCCAUCAUACAAUGCUGGCACUCAGUACAAAUACACUAUCCAAUACAAGGAAACAAAUUCUAUAAAAUGGACCCUUCAUGCCGAUACCAAUUACGCAGGAAAUUCAUACACUUUUAAAAUCGAAAAUUUAAAACCUGGCGUAGGGUAUUACGUUAGAUCCAUUAUAAGAACAUACGAAGCAGAUUACAGCGACAACAUUCCUAAGACUGAUUUUGUUACAAAGUGUGACGUGAUAAAGAGCGAAGAUCUUGAAGUAGAUGCUACCAAUACCACAGCUUUUUUAACCGUGAAAAAUGACAAGCAAUCUAAAAUUUGCAAAUUGAAAAGUUCUGAAACAAAAAUUGAUAUAGAGCCUAAUAUAUCGACAUUUUCUUAUCAAUUGGAGGACAUGACUUUAGAUAUCAAUGGUUUAAGCCCUUUUGAGAACUUUACUUUGACAAUACAAAACAAAAACACAGUUGUGAAUAUACUAUUUCGCACAAGAGAAGGAGUACCAGACAAAGUAACGAAUGUGAUUGCAAAAGCCACUUCAGAUUCCAAAAUUGUUGUAAGUUGGAACACUCCACUUAAACUGUAUGGAAAAUUUCAGGAUUUUGUUGUCUCAUAUAAGAUAAUGAAAUAUCUUGCUUGUGAUGCCGCUCCAACUCACUUCGAAGAACUUACAAAAAUUUCGACAGAUCAAUCGCUAACUUUAUCUAACUUAAAUCCGUACACACUAUAUUCCAUUUCUGUUAAAGCCAGAAAUACAAAAUUAUCGGGACUAGAAGAAAAGGUAGAACAAAAUACCCCGCAGUCAGACACAAUCCGUGAUCAGGAAAUACCAGAAGUAUCUUUAAAAAAGCAAAAUAGCUGCUCCGUUGAAAUCCAGUUUUCGAGCGUACCCUGUAGCAACCUCAGGGGCCCACUAGGAGUUGUAGCAACUGCAAUAUGUUUAACGGACCGGUGUAAAGACCAAAAUGUAUCGAAUUCCUUCAUAUACCUCCUACAUAAAACGUUCACAUUAAGUGGUCUUGCCCCGUUCACAAAUUAUCAGCUAAAACUUGAAUUCCACAGAAAGGCUUCCAGUAAAAUUGUUACAUUUGGUAGGUUUAAAACUAAAACUGAAGCUCCUAAUGCUGUUGAGAAUGUGUCGGUUUAUUCAAAAAAUACACACUCGAUUUCUGUCCGAUGGCGGCCACCGAGUCCUCCGACUGGAAUUGUAAAUUUGUAUCAAAUAAAAUUGCUUGAGGAAGACAGAAUUAUUAAUGUCACAGACUCGCCUUGUUUUUUGUGGCCCGAGUUCCAGUGCUACACUUUCGAAAAAUUGCUAGAAAAUAUGAAUUACUCUGUUCAAUUGAGGGCGAAAAACGAGGAACCGGACAACUUCGGACAAUAUUCACUUGUUAAGAACAUAACGAAAAUUGAACCGUCAGAGAAACCUCUUGAUGUUAUAGUGAAGUGGACUCUAGAAAACUAUCUUAACAUAAGCUGGAAACAUCCAAUUGUAGCUAACGGAGAUAUUAAAAAUUUUAAGAUAAGAAUAUUGCAUGAAUUUUCCAAAAACGAACCAAUUGAUAAAUUUUUGGACGUUACAAACAAUCAUAAAUCUGCGUACCAAAUGAUUGUAAAAGCGCCAAAUAUUCUAAGCUCGACGCAAUAUACAAUACUGGUUAACGCUUACAACGGUUUAAAUGGAAAAGAAGCGUCCGUCACAGACAUGAGUCCUCCUGAAAUUCCCUUGCUUGAAAUAGAUCCGACCAUUGUUAACGUUUCAAGUAACACAAUCACACUUCAAAUCGAGAAAUGCAAAAAUUUUAAUUAUGCGGACACUUACAAGCUAUUUUUGUUAGUGUCAGACGGCAGUCCACGCUCUGAUGAUAAUUAUCCACCAGAGUUACAAAAAUUCGAGAGGAAUUUCGGCAUAAGUCUUUCUCUAUUUCAAGUGGCACUUGAAUGCGACAGUUUCACCACAGCAAAACGAUUUGUAAUAGGACAAAGCAGCGAUGUAAAUUGUAAACAGAAUUCAAAUAUUUCUUUAACAGCUGAAACCUCUUACAACGUGACAGUCAUGCUAGUGAGCACGUAUCAAAAUAAAAGUAGUUACAAAUUAUACACCAAAAGCGCACUCACGUCCGGUGAACCUCCAAACACCUCCUGGGAUUUAAGGUUUCUAGUUUUGUUGUUGUUGCUACUGAUUGUACUAGUCCCCGUUAUCUAUACAUAUCGUCUUUACAAAAAGGAAAUACCUGCCAGUUCAGGGCACGGUGUCGGCAAUUGCAAACUAACAUCCUCAAUGGAAAGUCGUCUAGAUGUUGUGGAUUUAAAUAAUUUGCAGUCUAAACCAAUUCCAAACAGAAAAUUCAACAAUUACGUUAAAAAUAACUUAGAAAAUAAAAACCUGGCAGCACAACAUAAUGCAAUCUUACAAAAUACGGCUGCAGAAUAUGAAGAAAUUGGUGAAAAAACGUAUUCAAAGCGCAUCGACUUGCACUUUACUAGCGGUCAUCGCAUUCCUGAAGUUUAUGCAAUUUGUGAUGUACCCAAGGAUUUUGAUAGCUUUUGGAAGUUGGUCUGGAACGAAAACAUUGAACACAUAGUUUUGUUAGAUGAUGUUCAUUGGCAUCAAGUUUGUCUCAACUUAGACAUCAAACACAUCUUAGUACAAUGUAUUCACGAAGAAAUUUUCUCAGAUCACGAAUAG